UUCCUUCAAAGCCAACCCCCCCUUCUGUAAGAGAGGAUCUGGAUACUUCUAGGCAUUCGUCCACCCCGGACUGCGCAGCCCAAAGGUUGGAGAAGUCCUGGAGCAGGUUUCAUGGCAAUCAUUUUCCCCGUGCCACACAGGCCACAAAGGAGCGAUUAACCAAUUGAAAAUUGAAACAAUUCUGAUUGUGGUUUUAGCUUGGACUUUUAACUUGUUUACUUAAUUUGGUUAAUGGUUAAUUUUAUUAACUUUAUUUUACAUUAUAUCUAUUUUAUUGUUGUGAGCUGUCCCAAGCAGUAGUGUACUGGAGGAGGUAGGGUAUGAAUAUUCUAAAUAAAUAAUAAUAAAUAAUAAUAAAUAAACGUUUGCAGAAUGAUUCUGUGAUUUUUCAUAAAAGGGAAAAGGCGAGUCUCUUUAGAGAAGCAGAGACAAUAACAAAUCUUGUGUAGGUGGUAGUGCAAAAGCAGAGGGGCUAGGAGUACUGCAGUCUAUCCUGGCAACAAUGAACUCCACUGACUUGCCUGCCAGUAUCACGGGAAGAGCACAUUCCAGAGCUUCUUCAUCCUUGACAUGGGGUAAGGAGAGAAACUGCUGACUCUGAUUCUUGUUUUCCUCUGUGGAGAUUCACUUCCCCAUUUGCCAGAAGGGGAGUAUUCUUCCUUUUGCCAGAGGCUGCUGGUGUUGAAAGAGAACUUGAGUCCUUUCCAAGCAUCUCAGGAAAUAGAUCCCAAAACGGUGAUCACUAUGGCACACAUAUGGGUCUGCUUAUUGAAUGUUUUCAUCAUGGCAUGGAACUAUGAAAUGACCAGAGGAGACCCUGUUCUAUUUCAUCGCCCAUUCAUUACUGUCUGGAAUGCUCCAAGUCAGGAAUGCCAAGAGAAAUAUAACGUACCCCUUGAUCUGGGAAUCUUUGAUGUGGUCCUCAACCAGAAUGAAUCAUUCAUGGGGAAGGAAAUGACCCUUUUCUACAGCAACAGGUUAGGAUAUUAUCCUCACUACACUGAGAAUGGAACUGCAGUCUAUGGGGGUGUCCCCCAGAAUGCCAGUCUAAAGGAUCAUCUCUGGAAGGCUCAGCAAGACAUUAACAAAACCAUCUUGGAGGCAAACUUCAAAGGCCUCGCUGUUGUGGAUUGGGAGAGCUGGCGUCCCUUGUGGGUUCGGAACUGGGGGCCCAUGGAAAUCUAUAAGAAUAAAUCUAUGGACCUGGUUAAGAAGCAGCAUCCUGAUUGGCCUAUUGACAAGGUGGCCAAGGAAGCCCAGUUAGAAUUUGAGCAAAGUAGUCAGAUGUUCAUGGAGCAGACUUUGGCCCUUGGCAAAGCCAUGAGGCCUGAAGGUUUCUGGGGCUUCUAUGGCUUCCCCGGCUGCUAUAACUAUGAACCCCUGAAUGCUAAUUACACAGGGGAAUGUCCCGAGAUCGAGAAGCAGAGGAAUGAAGAAUUGCAGUGGCUCUGGAACCAAAGCCGGGCUCUCUAUCCCAGCAUUUAUCUCCCCAAGGACCUCACACUCUUCAACAAAACUUUAGAGUUUGUCCGUCAUCGAGUCCAGGAGGCGUUCAGGGUGGUGAACCAGACAAGGAAUGGCAGCAUCCCAGUCUUACCUUAUGCUUGCAUUGUAUAUGAAUUCACUCAGAACUUCCUCUCAAAGGAGGACCUAGUCAACACUAUUGGUGAGAGUGCUGCUCAAGGUGCUGCAGGGGUCAUCUUAUGGGGCAGUAACAAUUACAGUUCUUCACAGGGAGCCUGUCUAGAGGUCAAGGAAUAUGUGGACACUCUCCUGGGUCCGUACAUUAUAAAUGUGACCCACAGCACCAGGCUGUGUAGCCAGAUAGUGUGUUCUGGGCAUGGACGUUGUGUGCGGCAAGAGAGCCAUCCGGAAGCUUUUCUGCAUCUCAGUCCUACCAGCUUUGCCAUUAAGAAGCAUCCUGUGGAGCCAGGCUUCAUCUUGAUUGGCCAGAUGUCAGAGGAGGAGCAAGUCAAGAUGGCAGAAGAAUUCAAGUGCCAGUGUUACAGUGGCUGGGAGGGCCCACGUUGUGAGAAGAAGUCGACCUACAAUGAGUGACUGAGACACAACCUGCAGCAAUACCACAUGCACGCAUAUAUGCACACACACACUUUAUCUAGUGCUGCCAAGUGAGAUUUUUAAAAAGUCAUGAAAUUGCAUAUUUUCAAUUCUGUGUUUCAAGCAAAGGAUGUCGAACAUUUUAAAACCAAGCAAUAGAUCUGUGCCCUAUAGUUCUCAUGAAAAGCAUGCACCCAAGUUUAUACUGUUGUACUUGUAAUGUUCCCCCACACUGCCUCCAGGAAAGAAUCACUUCAAGCCAAUACUUAACUUCCUCCUGAAAGAUGUAUAUACACACAGGCCUGGAAGGGACAGCUUUCUAACAGAGACAUCACUAUUCCUCACCAUCGACUCACAAAAUAUGUUAUAUAGCCCCUGGUGGCGCAGUGGUAAAACUGCUGCCCUGUAACCAGAAGGUUACAAGUUUGAUCCUGACCAGGGGCUCAAGGUUGACUCAGCCUUCCAUCCUUCUGAGGUCGGUAAAAUGAGUCCCCAGAAUGUUGGGGGGCAAUAUGCUAAAUCAUUGUAAACCGCUUAGAGAGCUCCGGCUAUAGAGCAGUAUAUAAAUGUAAGUGCUAUUGCUAUUGCUAUAUGGGGGACUAUGGAAAGCUAGUAAAUGCAUUGUGCAAGUGUACUAGGAAAUGCUUGGUUGUCGCUGCAAAGUUCCACAACCCUGCCUGUUCUAUCAUAUAUGUGACUUGUCUAGCAGUCUCCUAGGAAGUAGAUUCUGUGUUUCAAGCAAAGGAUGUCAAAAAUCCUGUUUGCAGACGUUUCUAGUAGUUGGAGUGUCUUGGGUUGAGCGUGUACUAAGCUUUGACUGUCUAUUAUGAAAGUACCUAACAAUACUGAUAUCCACAAAGAUUUGAGUGUAUCUCUACCAGUUCCUCCUCAGAUCAGCAGCAGGAUUCAGCAGGAAGAGGAAGAAAGAGGCAAUGUAAUGUCAUAUACAGUUUGAGAGAUUGUGCAGGCACAAGAGUAGAUGAAUUCCUGUCUUUUCAUCCAUUUGUUAGUAGCGAGUCUCUCAGGGUAGCAGUCUAAAUGCCCCCUCUUCAUGCCAUCCCACUUUCCAUCUAUGGGCCUGCUAGUUUCUAAAAGUGGUAUAAGCCAAAGACUACUGUCAAGAUUUGCAUCUGGCAGUAGCUGACAGGGACUAUUGCUCAUAAAUACCUCUGCUGAUGUACCUCCUUAUCAUUCUACCUCACUUGCUCACCAAGACAAUGCAAAAACACUUCUGCUGUUAAAUGCACAGCCUAUCCAAGCACAAAUAUUCUCUCAAAAGGCAGUCACAAACCACACAAGCAUGUACAUGCUCCACCUACAAAGUCUAGUGUAGCUUUUUUAUAGUAUCUUAAGUUCUUGCCUUGCAGAAAUGGCCUGAUGUGUUCACAGAGCCCUGUGGUGGUCACUGGCAGUCUUCUGCAGGUGUUUUUGUUUUUUUUAAGAAUGCUCUGCCUCUGGCGGUGGUGUGCCUGUAUAUAUGGGCAGCCCAGUCCUAUGCCUUGUAGUGCUGGCAGUGCAAAUAUCUCAGAGGGCACUGCAGGUUCCUGGUGGGGGUGCAUGAUGAUGAUGAUUUCUACAUUGUUGUCAGUCCCAUUAUGCACCAAUGAAAGUACAGCUCCAGGCACUCAAGCUCCAAGUACUCAUUAAUGGGAUGAAGUUGCAGCAGCUCCGGCCAGGGGAUCUUGCUGUGCUUUACACUAGUGCAAAUUUGUCUGAAUGAAUGACAUGGGGUCACUGAGGUAUCAAGUCAAACUGACCUUUCAUUGAUAGUUCUUGAGAAAUGCAUUAGUACAAAAUAAUAUACAACAUACACUCAACUGCAUUAAAUCCACUGCAUAUAGCAAAAUAGAUUUCAUAUUAAAAAUGAGUAUAUCAUCUCCCAGUUAGGGCUGACUCUAGGUUUAACAGACAGACCUUUGACACCCCCAUGGUCCUCCCUCCUACCUGGGUUGGCCCUAAGAGAGUUGUGCAGCUGCCACCACCACACAAAAGUCUAUGGGAACAGUCUCAGGGAUCAGCAGUGGGUCCUUCAGAGAACCCUGGGUCCAUAGCAACUACCCAGCAAUGCCAAACCCCAUAUAGGUAGGUAGGUUGGUAGGUAGAUAGAUUGUGUGUGUGUGUGUGUGUGUGUGUGUGUGUGUUUUCAUAUAAAUCUUAAGUGUCAAACUGGAAUUUAGAGCAAGGGUUCCUAGUCGUGGGUCCUCAGAUGUGGUCCUUAGACUACAAUUCCCAUCAUCCCCAGCCACAAUGACCAAAGACAAAACAUCUGGGGGCCCAAAGUUGGGAACCCUGGUUUAGAGAAUGGAGGAUGCUACCUUUCUACUCAAAAUGAUCUAUAAUUCUGUAAUGAAAGGAGAUGGGGGUGGGAUGAUAUAAUUUAUCCUGCAGGAAAUGAUAAUUGUUUUCUUAUAUUGUAAGAAAAAAUUGGGUUCCUUUUCAUAUUAAUAAUAGUAUUUGAGUGCCUAACUUUAAUACAUUAAAUAUACUUAAUAAAAUAUUGAA